CCUAUCACUCCCCCACUCCUCCACUCGCGCCACUACCUCCAUCUCCAUCGAUCGCGCGCGCCUUCUCCUCUCCCGCCACUCCAUCGCCGCUAUAAAUUGCAACGCACCGCUCGAUCGAUCAAGAAGAAGAAGGGGAUUUGAUUGAUUGAUUGAUCGGAGCAAGGAUGGCGGUGGCUUGUUUGCCGGAGGACGGCGGCGAGGUGGUCCUGGUGCGGGAGUUCGACGGCGGCCGCGACCGUCCCGGCGUCGAACUGGUUGAGCGCGCCUGCGAGGUGGGUCCGAGCGGCGGCAAGCUCUGCCUCUUCACCGACCUCCUCGGCGACCCGCUCUGCCGCGUCCGCCACUCGCCGGCCUACCUCAUGCUCGUCGCGGAGGCUGUGGGUGGCCCGCUCGGCACGGAGAUCGUCGGCGUCGUGCGCGGCUGCGUCAAGACCGUGGCGUGCGGGCGCAGCCAGCUCUUCUCCAAGGUGGCGUACCUGCUCGGCCUCCGGGUCUCGCCGCGCCACCGGCGGCGAGGGAUCGGGAGGAGGCUGGUGGAGAGGAUGGAGGAGUGGUUCCGGGAGAUGGGCGCCGAGUACGCCUACGUCGCCACCGACCGCGACAACGAGCCCUCGGUGCGCCUCUUCACCGGCGCCUGCGGCUACGCCAAGUUCCGCACGCCGUCGGUGCUCGUGCACCCGGUGUUCGGCCACGACCUCGCGCCGUCGCGGCGCGCCGCCGUCGUCCGCCUCGACGCGCGCGAGGCCGAGCUGCUGUACCGCCGCCGCCUCGGCUCCGUGGAGUUCUUCCCGCGGGACAUCGACGCCGUGCUCUCCAACGCCCUGUCGCUCGGCACGUUCCUGGCCGUGCCGCGCGGGACGCGGUGGCGCGGCGUGGAGGGGUUCCUGGCCUCGCCGCCGGCGUCGUGGGCGGUGGCCAGCCUGUGGAACUGCAAAGACGCGUUCCGCCUCGAGGUGCGCGGCGCGCCGCGGCUGUGGCGCGCGGCCGCCCGCGCGACGCGCGCCGCCGACCGCGCCGCGCCGUGGCUGGGCAUCCCGUCCAUCCCGAACCUGUUCGAGCCGUUCGGCCUCCACUUCGUCUACGGCCUCGGCGGCGGCGGCCCCGCGGCGGCGCGCAUGGCGCGGGCGCUGUUCCGGCACGCCCACAACGUGGCGCGGCGCGGCGGGGCGCGCGUGGUGGCCACCGAGGUGGGCGCGUGCGAGCCGCUCCGCGCCGGCGUGCCGCACUGGCCGCGCCUCGGCGCCGACGACCUCUGGUGCAUCAAGCGGCUGGCCGACGGCUACGGCGACGGCGCGCUCGGCGACUGGAGCAAGGCGCCGCCGGGAACCUCCAUCUUCGUAGACCCAAGGGAGUUUUAGCUUUGAUGCUAAUUCUACCGUAGAUCACGCAUCCGACGGCCCAGGGUUGUCGAGGGGAGCCUUGUGUAAUUUCGCUGUUUUUUUGUGAGGGUGUAAUUAAUGAUGUGUUCAUACUUACAUCAGUGGAAUAUACCAAUGGACUUUUAUAAAUAUAUGUUUGGCUUAAUUAUUUGUGUUAA